UCGAGCUGGUUUUAGCCCCUCCUAAGAAUACCACCUGCCAAGUCUCUGAAAUUCUCUGGUUUGAAUUCAAUCUUUAUGGAAUAACUUCCCCCACCACCCCACCAAAACCAUGUAACUCUUGCCCUUUUGUUUUUUCAAGCUCAUUAUCCAAGAGCUCUUGGGGUUCCUAAUUGAAGAAGAAAAUUGAAUCAAACCCAUAUUUUUUCUUCUCUUUUGAAUCCUCCAUAAGCUUGGGAUAAUGGCUGUCGAGCAUAAAGUGGCAGGAGUUAAGAACCAAGAAAACCCAGAAAGGGAUUCAAAUUUGGGUGAGAAUAGAAAUGAAUUUAUUGUUGACCAGCCACCACCCAGAAAGGUGUUGGAUGCUCAAACCAAGGAGGGUUCUAGCUUGCAAUGGAAAGGUAUGAUUGGUAACAUUAAGAAGAAAUCUGUUAGGAGGUUCUCUGUCAUCCCCUUGAUAACCAGCUAUGAGAUUUCGAGAAAGAACAUAAGGAGGAGAUUGGCUCGAUUACAAGGUUGUGAAGAGACUGAUUCUGAUGGCAUGCCGGUGAUUAAACCCUCCUGGAAGCAUUUCAGUUACACAGAACUUGCGACUGCUACAGAUAAUUUCAGCUCUGAGAACUUGUUAGGGAAGGGUGGUCAUGCAGAAGUAUACAAAGGGCGCUUAUCCGAUGGUAAAGUUGUGGCAGUGAAGAAGAUCAUGAAGAAUGAUAAGGAAGAAGAGACUAGAGUCAGUGAUUUCUUGUCAUAGCUUGGGAUUAUUGCUCACAUAAAUCACCCAUAUGCAGCUCACUUAAUCGGGUUCAGCGUUGAUGGUGGUUUGCAUCUUGUCCUCAAGUUCUCUCCACAUGGAAGCCUUGCUUCUUGGCUUUUUGGUACUGUGCUUAUUUUUCUACCUG